ACACGUGUGAGACAGUGUACGACAAACUGUGGUCGAGGACGAUCGCCCACCUGUCGUGUUCCCAGGAGCAGCGAGAUAGUAUACAGCUAUGGAGAAGGUACUAGAAUAUUUGGCUUUCGUUUCCGCCUUUGUCCUCGUAACAGGUCAGGGCGGCAGUUGUCCCGCCGGGUACGCCGUCUACAGCGAGUCCUGCUACAAGAUGUUCCCCCUGGCGGCCACGUGGCCCGAGGCUGUGGUCUUCUGCAAAACCUUCGGAGGGAAACUUGCAAUGAUAACGGACCAGCAGGAACAGGACUUUAUCGAGAGCUACAUCAGUGGACUGCACAAUAGUCACCUGACGCUGGACAUUUGGCUUGGUGGGUCCGACCUCUUGGUAAACCAGGAGUGGAUGUGGACAAACACUAUGGACCAUAUACAGUACAGCAACUGGAAUCCAGGGGAGCCCAACAACGUCGGCAGUGGCAGCUCCGUCACGGAGGACUGCUUAGCGCUUCUUUCAACUAACUACAAAUGGAAUGACGCUCCCUGCACAGACCGGAUGAACUUCCUUUGUGAGAGACAGUAAGUUGGAUUCAAAUCCUAUUGGGUAGGGAAAACUUGUUCACCAACAGUAUUCACGGGAAUGUACACGCUGAAUGUUUCAAUAAAAUCUGGUUGAACUUU